AAUUAAUUUCAUAAUUGCAUCAUGAAAUAAAACAGUACAGGCAGUGGAGCUCCUCCUUUUUUUUAUAAUUUACAAUACAAGAAACUAGAGAAUGCAUGGCAAAAUAUUGGCCUAUGACUUGUUAAGAGGAACUGAGCUUCCCUGUAGUUUCCACCCUGUGUAUUAGGAAAAGAUAGCGGGGACCUAAGAUGGAUCCCUGAGGAACCCCAAAGGAGAUACCAGAGACAGAGGAUGAGGAAUGGCUGAAAAAGACCCGUAACGCUUCAUCAGAACAAUUUCUCCUGCCCCUAGAAACUACCCUCCAGUUUCCGUCAAUUUCUGUAAAUUUCCGAAACCAGGAGUAAAUCAUUCAUGGUUUAUUACAGAGUAUGUUCCUUGAUAAGUGACAUUAAAACCUGAGUGUCAUUGGUAAUUUGCUUUUUCUGUCUUGAAAGGCAAUUUAAAAAAAAAAAAAAUCUUUAUCAGUGCGAGGGAGUAACGACAGUGACAAAGACGGUUUGAAAAUGUGAGAGGGCGUAACCUCAGGAUGACAGUGUUACUGAUGCUGAUGGCUGCAAAUCACACACAUACACACUCAUCUCUUGCAUCACAUUUACUCCCUUUUUUGCAUUCUGCUCGCGUCCUCAGCUUCGCAGUAAAUGUACACAAUAAAAAAAAAGAGAAAGAGGGGGGGAGUGGGUGACCGAGACAGAAAGUGACACACUUAUAACGGGAGAGAGAAAGAGGAGGGAGGAGUGCAGGAAAGCAGGGAGAGGGAGAGGGAGGAAGGGAGGGAAGGAGAUGCUGUGGGUGAGUGAGAGGAAGCGCUCAUUAAUUCGAAUUUAAAGGAUGUGAAGAGAGGAUGGCGAGCGAAGCAGCCAGCGAUCGCAGGACUGAGGGAGGAGAGGGAGACGGGAAAGAAAGAGAUGGAUGAGAGAGUUGGACAUCACUGGUGAACUGUGCGUCCACUGAUCCACAACGUCCAGGUGGUUCUGUCUAUCUGCUGGAGCCACAGAAGAAGAAGAAGAAGAAAAAGAAGAAGAAACAGACAAGGGGGGGAAAAAAGGAAGAAGAAGAAAAGAGAGACAGGACUGCUCUGUUCUGUUUCUCCGCUGCCGACCGCCAAACGGAGAGUGUGUGAGAGCACUCCAGCUGAGCGACACCACACACACACACACACACACACACACACACACACAAACGUCACACACGACAGGAACACAUUCAGUUUGCUGCCAGUGAAUAUCAUCCACUACUUUCAGCAGCUGCCAUUAGUUGAGCUGAGAUUUACAGGCUGUUUCAUGUGGACCAGAGGUGGGAUUCGAAGCAGGUGAAGCCUUUAACAGGUUGUGUGUGUGUGUGUGUGUGUGUGUGUGUGUGUCUGUGUGUUUGUGUGUAUGUGUGUGUGUGUGUUAGCUGCUGCUGUUCAUCUGUGCUUGGAGAUCCAGCUGUUUUAUAAAGAAAUAUCAGCAAAGAGAAUCUGAGGGCAUUUGAGUUGCCGGAGAGUUUAUAAGCAUGUGUUGAAAUCUGGAGAAAGAACAUCAAACAGAAAAAGGAGAAGAACGUUUUUAAAGAAAAGGUUGGUUUUUUUUGUGGGGUUUUUUUUUUUAACUCCUGGAGAAGCAGCGAGCUCUCGUACACCACCACCGCCACCGCAGGAACAAGCGCCUCAUCUCGGAGCAGAAACGCAGCACCUCGCCUCGCCUCUCCUCCAGGAUGCUGAAACCAACGUCCCCAGGAGCCGGGAGUCACGAUGUGGAUUAGGAGUCCCGAGGAGGCGCCAGGGAGGGAUGAGGUUGUGGAGGGUGAGAGGGCAAGAAUGGGCUGCCCCUGCCCCGUGGCACCUCCGGCUGCCUCCACCACCGCCUCCCCGUGAGGAUGCAGGUCCUACAGAUCGUCAAGGAGCUGGUGUCGCCUUCCAGACGCAGGGCAGCAGCCAGAUUCGGAGCGUCUGAUACCGAGCAGGAUGCGGCGGUGAAACUUGACCAGGAGCGGGCUGAGAUAGUCGCCAAAUAUGAUAAGGGAAAAGAGGCCACUGUGGAGCCCUGGGAGGACACCAACUUCCACCUGUACAAAGUCAUCGACCGCUUCGGCUUCGUCCAUGAGAAUGAACUUCCAUCCUACGACUCGGUGGAGGAGAAGCAAAAACACACGGAGGUGGAGCGGACCACCAAAUGGCUGAAGAUGAUGAAGAGCUGGGACAAGUACAAGAACAGUGAGAAGCUGGUCCGGAGGAUCUAUAAGGGAAUUCCCCUGCAGCUCCGAGGGGAGGUGUGGUGUCUGCUGCUCGACGUUCCCAAAAUAAAGGAGGAGAAGAAAGACUUCUACGAGAAAUUAAAAGCCCGAGCCAGAGGACUCUCCCCUGACAUUCGACAGAUCGACUUGGAUGUGAACCGAACCUACAGGGACCACAUCAUGUUCAUGCAUCGCUACGAUGUGAAGCAGCAGGCUCUCUUCCACGUCCUCACGGCCUACUCCAUGUACAACACGGAGGUGGGCUACUGCCAGGGCAUGAGUCAGAUCACAGCUCUGCUGCUGAUCUACAUGAACGAAGAAGACGCCUUCUGGGCUCUGGUCAAACUGCUGUCUGGGCAGAAACACGCCAUGCACGGGUUUUUUGUCCCCGGCUUCCCGAAGCUGAUGCGUUUCCAGGAGCACCACGACCGUAUCCUCAAGAAGAUGAUGCCCAAACUGAAACAACACCUGGACAACCAGGAGGUGUUCACCAGUCUCUACACCAUGAAGUGGUUCUUCCAGUGCUUCCUGGACAGAACGCCCUUCACCCUCACCCUCAGGAUCUGGGACAUCUACAUCUUGGAGGGAGAACGAGUGCUGCCUGCCAUGUCCUACACCAUCCUCAAACUGCACAAGAAGCACCUGCUGAAGCUGUCCAUGGAGGAGCUGGUGGAGUUCCUGCAGGCGACUUUGUCCAAAGAUUUCUACUUCGAGGACGACUUUGCGAUCGAGCAGCUACAGGCGUCCAUGACGGAGCUGAGGAGGGCGAAGCUGGAGCUGCCUGCACCAGGUAAAGAGGACGAGUUUCCCAAGAAGCCCCUCGGUCAGCUUCCUCCUGAGCCGGGAGCGGCGGUGGUGAACCACGUGGGCAACGGCGAGAGCCACGCCGAGCCGGCCGAACCUCCCAGGGACCCGAGUCCUGCACAAGACCGCCAGCGGGAGAGUAGGCCCCCCAGCCGGUCACGCCGAGACUCGCUAGAUAAACCAUUCCGCCACCACAAGGCUGACAAGAGGGACGCCCGUUCCAGGGGAUCAGGCGAGAUCCCCAGUGAGAAGCAGUCCACUUCCACCACACCUGAAAGGGGGGCGACACCGCCCUCAGCGCUCACCCCCACAUCACAGCUCACCACAGUGGAUAGAAGGAAGCCGCAGAGCCACGCCACCGCCAACCACAACUCCAACGCGGCCUCCAGCUCUCACAGAGACAUCACCCCCCGCUGGUUCAAACCCUCCGAGACCAAGCUGGAAGCCGCCAAAGCGGCGGCGGCCCGAGAUUUCCAGCUGAGCAGGGGGGCGUCACCAGCCCCCUCCAGCCCGGACGACCCCGCUCUCCCCCAUCGCCGACCUCGCUCCAAGGGCUUCAUCCCCGGCGCCGACCGCGGCUCCAACGCCUCCCAGUAUGACAAUGUACCGGGGGUGCCGGAGCAGGAUUUCGAGAUCUUGGAGCUCGAGAGACCUCCGUCCAGAAUGAGGACCCCUCGCAGUGAGACGCCCUUCAGUAUGUCAUCCAUCCAUCAGGGCAGCCCUGGCCGUGGACCCAGCCUGGCAGGAAGUGUUGUCUCCGUCGCAUCAGGGGCCAGGAUGCCCAAACACCCGCUUCCUCCAUUUUCCCACAACAGUCCAGCAGGGAUCCAGUCCGGCUACCCGGGCAGCCAGAGCCAGUACCACACCUCCCCCAGGCAGCCAUCCCCCGGCAGAGCUACGACCGAGGUGCCCAUCUUCCAUCCAGCCUACAGCGUGAACCUGGACCACAGAGGAGAGGACAGACUCUAUGCACCAUCCUCCAGAUUCCCCCCACCCUCCUCCAGCGUGGCGUACGGGGAACAAAUGUACGCCACCACCCAGCGGCAGCCCAACAGCCUCUCCCCGGAGAAGGCUCUCAUGAACAACUCCUUCGCCACGUACCGCAGACAGCCGCCACCCGGCUCCACCCACAACCCCCGCAGCUUCAGGCCUCCCCAGGAGCAUUCGAUGCAGCUGGAAACCCAGGGGAGCUCCAUCCCCAUCUACCUGCAACAGCUCACCUCCACCACACAGGUCUACACCCCGGUGGACUACAGGUUUGAGGGGCAUCGGCGAGGCGAGGCGAACCCGCACUACCUGCCGGAGGGAGGGCCUCGGCGGGCCGUAGAGGGGUCGGUGUGGGCGUCGGAGGAUGAGCUGCCCCCUCAGUCUCCGGGUGGGAUGCCCCGCUCCCCCAGCUUCCAGAAAGCCCAAAUGUCUCCGGUUCAGGAGUUCACUUUUCCCGCCGCCCCGGACGGCCUGCUCCAUUACAGGACACAGUUCCAGGAGCAGCAGCCCGUCAUAAGGCAACAGCUCCCCCAGCUGUUUGGAGGACCACACUACAGGCACGCACAGGAGGCGUUCGCCAUGCAGGAGUCCAUGCUGCUGUAACUGAACAAUAAGGAAAUGGAGAGACACUGUAUAAAAAAAAAAUAAAUAAAAAAAAGAGGUGUAGUCACUGACACUGUGGUAAAGACGAGCAGUUGUCCUAGCUUUGUUAGGAACCUGGUUUUGUUGUUAUUGAUGUGUGAAGUACUGACCUUCUGACUGUCGCGCUGCAUCGUAACGUUGCAGGACACACCAGCCUCUGACGUUUUUACUGAUCACUUUAAAAAGAGAAAAAAAAAAAAAACUGACUGAAGAUUUUAUUUUAUUUUUGGAUGUAAAUCAUUAACGAGAGGUGACAGUAUAUGUCUUUUAGAGUCUGAUAUGUACAGUGGAUUUUUUUGUUAAUAUGCUGAGUUGUUAUCAGUAGCGGGGGGGGGGGACUCUCCCCUGAGAGAGCAAAACUCUGAUUUAUUUUCCAUCUUUAUUUUUUUAUAUGUUACUUACAGAUAUUUACAUUAGAGAUAAAUUUACUCUAUAUGCUCGUGAAUGUUAUUUUUCAAAGAGAACAAGUGAAACUAUGUCCAAUUAAACAAUUUAGAAAGAAGUUGAUUUCCCAUUUCAAUUCUGAAGCGCCUCCACUGUAGAGAAAAAACAGGGUUUGUUGUAUAUUUUUUAGUUUUGCCUUUUUCAGUUUCAGUCAAAGUUUUCCUUCCUGAUUAACUCAUGUGCAAUGCAUUUUUCUGUCCCUCGUGACGUACAGUAUGUUGGGUAUUUACACAUAUUUGAAGCCAGUGUAGUUUUUGGUUAAAUUCCUACCCUGAUUAGAGACUCACUCAUUUGUGAGGGCUAAUAACAUAUGUGUAUAUUUUUGAUUUGAUGGCUUUAAGUCAUCUUAUUUGUGAUGUAACUACAGAUAACAUGUUUUUUUGUUUUGUUUUGUUUUUUUUAAUUGCUGUACUGUAGCUACCACAUUUUGAGCACAUGAAAUAGUCCCAGUAAAAAUUUGCUUUACUUCAUUAUGUCUGAUUAUUCUCAACACUGUCAUAUCCACUACUGUUCAGCUCCUGGCACUUCCACUGGCAUACAGAGUCUACUGGCACACACACACACACACACACACACACACACACACACACACACAUUUUUAACAUUUAAUCAGUCACAUUCCCUAUCCUUAUUAUUAUUAUUAUAAUUAUUAUUCCUCACUCUGGUUUUGAUGCAGUUAUUCUCAGACAGUAUUGCUGUACUGUUUAUUACAUUCCCUAAGUUAUCUUUGUUACUUGUUAAACGACUAAUUGCAAACCAUUCUGAUACUUUGCUUAAUAAAAUAAGGUGGGUUGAAAAUGAA